UUCUCGCUUCACGUUUCUCGUUCCAGUUCCCCCGUGCCCAUAACUAGUUACCUGUCAUUGGACGGAGAAGCGUAUUCCGUUUAUGAAGCACGUUAAGUACGUUAAGUAGCGAAGCUUUCAGGCUUGGCAGCUCUUUUUUAAUCAUUAUUCUAUCUUCAAGACCGCGCCCGCAAAGGACCAACUCAUCACCCCAAGUAUCUUUUUCAAUUUUCAUUUUUUUUUAAAUGAGAUGACAAACAACGCAGACCAUCGCUAGCGAGACUGUUGCCAUGUGACCGGGGCAGUAAUGCGACCGGUGAAUUGGACUAUCCGAGAUGUGAAGCAGGCACGUCUCCUACUCAACCAACAGCUGCCCCUGCGGCAUCGCCCUCGCCCUCGCUCUCCGGCUCUACACUCGUCGAGACAUGCCGUAGCAGCGUCCUCACGAGCUCAUGCUUAUCAACUUCGCCAAUAUGCCACCGGCAUCGACCGCCCCGUGGGCCUGAUCACGUCUGACCAUCUACCUCGAUCGCUCCAGCCCGUGCGACCCCUUGGGCUUAUCCGCGACUCCAAACCGGACAAGGUCUAUGUCCAGGAUGCCGCAACAUUCGGCAAGUGGCAAUGGCUUCUGAGCAAUCCUACACGUCUCGCCAUAGAAAGCGACUUCAGGCGCCGAGGGCCUGCGCGCAAGUGGAAGAAGACGCUACUCGUCGAUCACCUUGACAAUUAUGGCGACUUCGAGUUGUGGAACUGCCUCUUGCAGCACCUGCAGCGAAUGGACGGUGAUGAGGGUGUACAGAAAGUGUGGUACGCGUUUUGGGGGAGAAAAUCCCUAUACCAGCUUCUUCAUCUGCCUGACAGAAUAUUCUGGACCACUUUCGUUGAGGCUGCUCUAAGGCUUGGGGAUGAAAAGUUCUUAGACAGCAUAUAUCUUUAUGCUGAAUUCUUGAUGGCGACCCACAACGUUGUAUGGCCCGACUUGUACACCACUAUCGUUCCUUACUUCCUUCGCACCCGUCAGCACGAAAAGGCCGUCAAGUGGCACCUGCAGCUAGUCCCAAACUUCUAUCCUGGCUCACAAGCGUUCGUUUCUAUGAUGCAGGACUUCUCGACCGAUCAUACCUUGGCGUCUUCCUUCACAUUGCAGUCUUUGUACAUCGCGAGUCCCGAACGGCGCUUGUACGACGCGAUUGUUCCCCAGCUAUAUGAUCGUGGUCAAUCUCGACUAGCUAGGCUAUGGCGCAAGAUUUGCAUCAUGCGCGACGACGUCCCACGGCUGUAUGCCCCUUCAAGACAAUUUCUUCGAUACUUGGCAGGUUAUUGGGCCAAAGAAGACCUUCACCCACGAGAGGCUGCAGCUUUGACCGACAAUAACCAAUCGUCCACGAAUGAGGAGGACCAGCAGAUUGAAGUAACUCGAGAGUUCAUGAACCAGGUCCAUGGCAAGACGUUUGGCUUCACCGCGAAGACAUACAACGACUCUCUAGGCUCGCGGUGGUUCGCGAGCUCUUGGGUUGGCUUGGACUUGGCCAUCUCUGUUGUGUCAGCCCUUGGUAUUCAAGAGAUCGGACCUUUAUCGUUGCAAGCUAUUUGUCUAAGGGAAGAGACCCCUGCCAAUAUUCUAGCGCGGAUUGCCCAGCUCCAGAGCUCCGGCAUUGCAAUUCCAACUUCCGGUUACGCCAAAACAAUUCAGCAUCUUGCCAAAACCGGUGAGGAUGUGCUGCUGCUACGUCUGUUGCGUUGCGACAUCCACCCAGAAGUUUUUGACGAUCUGGAUAUGCAAGCCAGGUUGAUGGCCUCGAGCUCAGCUUCUGGCGAUUUGUCAACUUACACCCUCCUCCUCGCUUCUCGCCUCGCAAGUGUUGACGAUGCGGCUCAGAAAACAGCCAAUGUCAUGCUGCGGCUACACCUAGUCAAACAUCAUUUCCACGCCAUUCUACAUCUUCUUGACGAUGUACGGGGCACCGGUGUUCCUCUUGAUGUAGAUACUUGCAAAUUGAUAUUUGCGUGGGUACAACGACAUGUCGAUUGGCACAAGCAUAUCUCACAACAUGAUGAACUUAAAUUUGCCGUGGCAGUCUGUCGACGUCUCAACUCCAUGGACAUUCCCGUCCCGGUUUCCUGCUGGGCUCGUAUAGCAUACGCACUUGGGCGAUGGGGAUAUCUCGAUGACCUGCGUGACCUCACGCUCGAGCUCAUUGACCACUACACAAUCAGACAGUCUUCACGUCCUGGCUUCAUACCUGUUAAUAUAGUCGAUGUUCCAGAGUCGCUCACGCAGCCAUUAGGAGCUGUCCACAACUUGAUGGGUCUCUACAUUCCCCUGGACACACCGCUAGGUUUGCCUUUGCACCCCCUCAGUCAAAUCUUCCCGCAAAAGUGGCAGACCUCGCUUCUCCGAUGGUCCUUCCGCGAGAUCCCUUUGCGGUCUAAUGCUGCUUCGCCCUUUGGCGCCCAAAAACGACCUGGGACAAGUGUCGAGAAUGCGAUCCACAUCUUGCGUCGGCUUCAGGAUCGUGGUGCGAGGGUCAAGAAAGACGGGUUGCGAAAGGCAUUGUGCCUCCGUCUGGCCGAACUGUACGGGAACCACCCAGUGGCUAGGAAAAUUCAGCAGCAGAGCAAGCAGAGCAAUGUCUACUCGCUCAGGGAGAUGAAGUCCAUGAUUGACGAAGCCUGGGGCGGUGAACUUCUACCUUCGUUGAUGGAACUUAAAGCCCAAAUCAGAAAGUUUGACGAGGGCUACCUGAAGGAAUACUACGAAGGUUGGGUCGCCGACAAGCAUGGCUGGGAAACAAAUCAUCCCAGCGGGGUCUGGCGGCAGGUGCAGAGGGAACGCCAGCGUGCUUUCCCAAUCCUGUAAUUAUAUAACAUAAGAUCUUAUAGAAUGAUACCAGCAACAAUGUGCAACAUAUUCUUUC